AAAGGAGGCAGUCGGCGAAUGCGUUUCGCCCUCCAUUUUUAAACUUCGAAAAACACGCGAAUUGUGUUCCAUCGCCCCAGAGCACGCGUUGUCUUAUCGAGUAGGCAAUUGGUUAGCCCUGCGAUCACAGGUUGCACAACCCACUCACCGGAACAGAAAAUAUCCCCGUCAAAGGAGCACUAUAGUAUAGCACCUCAUCAAGAUGGCGGGCAUGGGCACUGGGUUUUCCAAGUGCUUCAUUCUCUUCAUGGCGAUUGUCAUACUCGCCCAGGGAGCCGCCUAUUUGGCCCUUUCCAUCUGGGGCAUUACCUUCCGGGAGUGCCCGGAUGGGGUCACUGACUUCAGCGAAAAUCCCUUCAAAUAUGCCAUGGAACUUAUUUACUUUUCAGAGCAGGAAUGUGGUGAUCCGGUGCUGAAGAUAGACAACAUACAAGUUGACUUGACCAUAGAUUGGGCUAAGUCCUUCGUCAUAACCAACAGGGAGUUCAUCUUCAUGAUAACCUAUGCAGUGGUAAGUGGCCUCUGGGUGGCCACUUCGGUAUUGGUAAUAACCACUUUGUGUAAUCGCACCACUAAGCUGAUCUCCGGAGUCGUCUACUGGCCCUGGUUUCUGUCCGUGCUGGCAGGCAGUAUCCUCGAUGUGGUGGCCUCGGUGUAUCAUGGCAUCGACUUGAGCCAUACAACGUCUAUGCAAGAUGCACUGGAUUACAUUGGCAUUGCCUAUUCCGAUACUACCAAUACUAUCUGGACCUUGAUGGAACCUUUCGGCGUCUACUUCUCGACGCCUUCGAUUCUUCUUCUGUGCCUCACAACUCGCGUGGGCAUCAUCUGGCUACUGAACAUAAUUGGAGUCAGCUUUUGUCUGUCGUUGUCCGGAAUCAUGGCGCAGCAGAAUGCUGCCAAAACCGCCUUGAGCAACAGUCAGGCUCCCACACGCCAGCCGACGCCUCAGCCUGUGGUUACGCCUGUCCAGCCAGUGGUGCAGGAAACUGUGGUGGAGACCAUCCAACCCUCGGCUCCGCUGGAGAGCCCUCAGUAUCCGGAGCAGAUCCGCCCCAAGCCGCUGCCCAUUUUCAGUCCCUCGGAGCAGAACUUCCAGCGUCAAGAGUCCCAGCAGCAAUUUGGACCAGGAGAUCGCACUACUCUGCAGUCGCCGGUGUUGGUGCUGCCACCGCAAAUUCCUCAGCAGCAGAGGGAUGUGGUUUCUCCGCAGCCGGACAUAAAUACCUACCGUACCACCGAGGCCCAUCCCGAUCGCCUGAACUAUCCUCCGUCGGAGCCGCAAACUCCACGAUCUCCUUCGCCAGCUGUCCAACAACUGGCGGUGACUUCACCGCUGAACAAUCGCUACAGCGAGAUGUAUCCCGCUCCGGUUAAUCCACGUGUCAGCGAGGAGCUGCGCAACCAAAUGCCCUGGUCGUACACCAGCAUGGUGACCAAGCCUCCACCGCCGCCGCGCAAGCCGCAACUCCAAGUGCAGAUCUACCCGCAGAUCCCGGAGCCCGACUAUGCGGAUCACUAGUGCGGAUAGUGGGAGCAGCUCGGAGCUGAUUUGAGUUUAAUCAGUCUAGAUGCGCGGUUGUGAGUUGUGUGUUAUUGUUACCUUUAUUGCAUAAAGCUAAAGCUGAUGGCCAACUGA